GAAGUGGCUCGGGUACGUCCCCAGCGCCCUGCAGGAGUUCCAGGAAAUGCGCUGCGCGGGUCUGAUGGGCGGGGCGGGGGCUCCGGCAAGGGGGCGGGGCCCAGGGCAGGCGCGGGGGUGGAGCCGGGCCCCAUUAAGAAGAGCGUGGCGGGCCGCGGUCACUGCAGGGCCCCGGGAAAGCGGACCGGCCAUCGACCCAGCGGGACCACCGAUCUUCGGCGGAGGGAGCAGCGCCGCGGUGCGCGCUUGGCACCAUGGCCCAGACGCCAGCUUUCGACAAGCCCAAAGUAGAACUGCACGUCCAUCUGGAUGGAGCCAUCAAGCCUGAAACCAUCUUAUAUUAUGGCAGGAAGCGCGGCAUCGCCCUCCCUGCCAACACACCAGAGGAGCUGCAGGACAUCAUCGGCAUGGACAAGCCGCUCAGCCUCCCAGACUUCCUGGCCAAGUUCGAGUACUACAUGCCCGUCAUCGCGGGCUGCCGGGAGGCCAUCAAAAGGACUGCCUACGAGUUUGUGGAGAUGAAGGCCAAGGAGGGCGUGGUGUACGUGGAGGUGCGCUACAGCCCGCACCUGCUGGCCAACUCCAAGGUGGAGCCGAUCCCUUGGAACCAGGCUGAAGGGGACCUCACCCCGGACGAGGUGGUGUACCUAGUGAACCAGGGCCUGCAAGAGGGAGAGCGAGACUUCAGGGUGAAGGUGCGGUCCAUCCUGUGCUGCAUGCGCCACCAGCCCAGCUGGUCCCCCGAGGUGGUGGAGCUGUGUAAGAAGUACUGGCAGCGGACUGUGGUGGCCAUCGACCUGGCCGGAGAUGAGGGCAUCCAGGGCAGCAGCCUCUUCCCUGAACACGUGGAGGCCUACGCGGAGGCCGUGAAGAGCGGCGUCCACCGCACGGUCCACGCCGGGGAGGUGGGCUCGGCCGAGGUGGUGAGAGAGGUGAGUGGUCAGGCAGGUGGCGGGGCCCUUCUCUCCGCUUGCCCCGCGGCCCGCGCUGGGAUCCACACUACUUGUCAACAGGCCGUGGACGUGCUCAAGACCGAGAGGCUGGGGCACGGCUACCACACCCUGGAGGACCCGGCCCUCUACAACAGGCUGCGGCAGGAAAACAUGCACUUCGAGGUCUGCCCCUGGUCCAGCUACCUCACCGGCGCCUGGAAGCCAGGCACGGAGCAUGCAGUCGUUCGGUUCAAAAACGACCAGGCUAAUUACUCCCUCAACACGGAUGACCCACUCAUCUUCAAGUCCACCCUGAACACUGAUUACCAGAUGACCAAACAGGACAUGGGCUUCACUGAAGAGGAGUUUAAGAGACUGAACAUCAAUGCGGCAAAGUCCAGUUUCCUCCCAGAAGGUGAGAAGACGGAGCUUCUUGACCUGCUCUAUAAAGCCUAUGGGAUGCCACCUUUGGCCUCUGCAGGUAUGUUUCUGACUGAGCUGCUGGGCUGGUGCCCUGCCCUGGCUCCCACCUGGCUUUCCGGGGACUUCUAGCAAGAUGCCCUCCCUUCCUCUCCUGGGCAGCACCAGGGAUGCGUGAUGACUCCCUGGCUGGUGGUCCUCCCUCACUGGACAGGCUCACUUUCUGCAUAAUGCUGUCUCGAGGCUGGUCUAAGGAGGAGACUUUCUCAAGCCCACUCCCAAGGUCUUGGCAACUUGAGGCAUCUCCAGGGCUGCCCAAAGCCAAGGGCAGGGAGUUGAGUCCAUGGUGCCGCUAGGUUCUGCUUCCUUCCUUCCUGUGUGGCCUUGACAGAGCCUUUCCUUGCUCCAAGCCUCGGUCUCCCCAUCUGCAGAAAGCGGUUCCUCUCCGGCUCUGAGGCUCUGUGAUUUUUAAUGUCCUGGCUACUACAAGUUGCCUAAUCUUUCUGCUUCUCUUACUUGGCGAGCAGGGCAGUGUCCCUGAAGACAUCGUGGCCGCCUCCGAGAGUCCUCACCCUGUGGAUGGAGUCUUCACAACUCUGGCUUAAUCGACAGGCUUCCCUUUACUCCUUCCAGGGAGACUGUGAUUUCCAGAGUCAGCUGCUGAUGCUCGUGAAGAAGCCCACGUGCCUAUUUCUGUACACACACAUACCUCCGCCUGGCUGUGUCUCUCCUCUGAUUGUGUGCCCGGGCCAGGAUCAGGGCCUGUGGCUGGCUGAAUCUGAAUCCCUCCCUCCUAGGGUGACCCGCGCUGAAUAUCUGGUGCUUAAUAAAGAAACCAACGGCUGGGGUCGUGCA